AUGCCCCGCCCCCCCCCCCCCCUCUCCACCCCCGUCUUCAUCCUCGUCCCAGGCGCUUCCCAAUCCCCCGCGCACUACGACCUCCUCAUGCAUCUUCUCCUCACUCGCGGCCACCCCGUCUACUCCGCCAUUCUCCCUAGUACUGGGCCCGGAAAUGCAAAGAAUGUAACCGCGCAGGUAGAUGCGGAGUAUGUGCGUGAACAUAUGUUAUUGCCGAUUCUUGAUACGGAGGGGCAUGAUGUGGUGAUGGUUAUGCAUUCCUAUAGGUGUUUCGAGGAAACAAGAGGGAAGAAAGCAACAGAAUAUGUAGAUCACAGGGGAAGAGAAAUGAACAAAAAAGCUGACACAAACUCGCCACAAAAGCGGUAUCCCCGGCAGCGCCGCCGCAUACGGACUAGGCAAAAAAGAUCGCGAAGCAGCGGCAAGAAAACAUCUGUUCUGGGACAAAUAUAUAUCGCAUCGUUAUUGGUGAAAGGAGGUGAUGGUGGGAAUAUUGUUGAUGCGUUGGGUGGAUUACUUCCGCCGCAUAUCACGCCUGAUGAACCCUCCGGCAUACUCACCUGCGCCGACCCCGGCCCUCCCCUCUACUCUGACGUCACACCCAUCGUCUUCCAAAACGCCAUCGUAAACUCCACUCUCUGUCCCAGCUACGCCUCCUGGCACUCACCCUGUCCACGCGCCUCCUGGGAUCAAGAAUCUUUCAAGGGAAAAAUCGCAUUCAUUCGAACCCUCAAUGAUACGGGUAUCCCGUUGCAGUUCCAGGAUAUGUUUAUGCAGAAUACGGGAGAGGAGUGGAUUGUGAAGGAUAUGAAUACGGGUCAUAGUCCGCAGCUUGGGCAGCCGGAACGCGUCUGUGAUGUUUUGAUUGAGUUGGCGAGGGGCUUUGGAGGGGUGUGAGGAGCGAGUUGAGAGGGGGAUGAAAGGGCUGUCGGUUUGCGUUGUUUGAUGAGUGAUUAUUCUCCGGCAAAGUAAAUAUGAAGACGGGAAAAAAAAUCUCAAGCUUUCAUAUCCCUUGUUUGGAUGGAUCAUGAUGGUUUGUUUGUUUCCCCUCACUAUUCAACUCUCUAUUAAACAUGGAAACAAAAAGAAGAGUAGAAUCCUAUCACUUUCUUCCUUGAAUCUUGGCUCAAUCUUGAUGAUUUGUCAAAAUCUCAAAGUCGUACAAUCUC